GGUUGUUAUUUUUUAGGCAAUUAUUUGUAGUACAGUUUAGACAGAAUGAUUAAGUGCCACGUAAGCGAAUCCAGCCAGGUACCGCGCCGACAAAACCAUUGAACCUAAUUCCAAACAAGAAGAAGAAAGAGAAGGAGCGGUUAAGAACCAUCCACACCUACUUUAUUUAUCGCAAGAACUCAUUCGCCUCUCCAAUUGAGAUUAGUCAUCACAUUAUUUAUUAAUUAUUGUUAUUCGUUUAUGCCUUUCAUACACUAAUUCUUACCCUUACAAUACACAUCAUACACAAACACUCUUACCCCCGACCUUAUUAUUAUUCUUAAUACUACUCUGAAAUCUUAAGGUGGUUCAUGUUACGGGCAUGUUUUGGGUUGAAUUACCAUGGUAGAAUGGAGGAGCUGCCAGGGGCGUUUGGAAGCAGCGCCAGUUUGGCUCUCCGAUUGGGUCAAACAGUUUUUUCCACAGCUUCCCUUCUAUUCAUGUGUUUGGAUGUUGAUUUCUACGGUUACACUGCUUUCUGCUAUUUGGUAACAGUCAUGGGUUUGGUAAUUCCCUGGAGCAUAACACUGUUGGUUGUGGAUGCAUACUCUGUGUUUAUAAAAUGUUUACCCCUCCAACGAAGACUCGUAAUGAUAGUCUUUUUGGGAGACAUGUUUUUGUACACUCCAGAUUUUGUCAUAUCUGUCAUUAGCUGCAGCAUGUUCAACAGCCAGUGUCACAGAUCUGCUGCUCGAUGCCGAUCGAUCCUAUUGCCCAGCAAAGCUAUGCGGUAGAUAUCAACUAUCUGCUGCUAUGGCCUUCUUGUCUUGGUUUCUUUCAUCAGCCUCUUGCCUGUUUAACUUCUGGCUUUUCCCUUCUUUGUAAAAUCUACCUUGCUUGCUGUUCAUAUGUGCUCUAAUCAAAAGGGUGCAAAUGACGAAGUCAUUUGCUUUUGUAAAGAUAUUUUUUCUUUCCAUGUGAAUAAAAUCAUCAUGACUAUACCCAACAAUGUAAUAAUUACUUUUCCCAGGCAAGAGAAAUAUCAAAAUUCUUUGUCUUGGUU